CUCUCUCUCUUCUGGACUUAUGCUGGAUAGAAGCAUAAAUAGACGAAUGUGUUCAUCCACUGAUCCCGUUUGUGGUGGGAGAAGCCUGAAUGAACCUUUCUCUAUUGUGCAUAGUACCCCCACUAUCAACAUUAGAAUGAACGCCCGUGGAACAUACAUGCUCGUCGGUUUCUCCGCUUCGUUAGCCUCUUCCGAGCGCAACAUAAAUGCAACAUAAACCCUCCUCCUCCUGUUCGUCCUUUCGCGUCCUUCCACGCUCAGCCCAUCGGGAAAUCGAAAACGGAGGGUCGCGUGGCGUUCGUGCGCGUACGUCGUUCAUCCCCGGUCGGCUCUACACAACCGUACCUACCGUACGGGUAGGUACAGAAGAAUAGAAGCAUGGGGUAGGGAAACGAGAGCAGGGACACGAGAGCGGGAUCUGGUGCGGCAUCAUGCAUUGCAUGCGCUCGGCGUACGCUCAUUAAAUCAGUCGGACGCCGCUUACGCACAUGACAAGUCACGUGUAAGUCGUCGUUGCCCCGGAAGAGACAGUGUCGCGCGCGACUGGGCCUCGAACACCGGUCGUGCCAAGUGUUUUGCAGACACGUUACGGCUAUCGGCUAUUGUUACCAAUUUUUGCAAGUGCCGCCCACCGCAUACACUUGACCAACUUCGUCCUAAUUUCUGCACAAGCGAAGAUCUGAAAGAGUUACUGACAAGUGUUUAAACAUCGAAAAACCAAAAAAAAAUAUAGCGAAAGUGUUUUAGCUAUCCACAACCAACCAGUAUAAGCGAAGAAAAGCGAAAGUGUUCUAAAGUGAAUAUUAUUAUAUUGCACAAAACUACAUGGUAAAGUGUGAAGAAGACAAAAACAAGAGUGCAAAAUGGAUCACCAUCUACCGCAUCAUCAUCCACACCAUCAUCACAGUACACCCCUGCACUGGGGUUACUCCACUGCGACGACGCCAAGUGCCACUUCUACGCCGACGCACACCGGCCAUAACACGUGGACGCCGCCAUCAUCCAAAGGCCAUAAACGAACGCUUUCCGAAAGUGACUGUGAGGAUCUGUACUCGGAAGAAUCUUCCAAGGAGCAUACGUCACCGGGAGAAUCCGAUAGCUGUCAACUGUUGAGCCGCAAACGAAGGCGCGGUGUGAUCGAGAAGAAACGCCGUGAUCGCAUCAACUCCUCACUAACCGAGCUGAAACGUCUCGUACCGAGCGCCUACGAGAAGCAAGGAUCAGCAAAACUGGAAAAGGCCGAAAUUCUGCAACUAACCGUGGAUCACCUGAAGACACUGCAUGCGCGUGGACUGGAUGAUGCUAGUUAUGAUCCGCAGCGCUUUGCCAUGGAUUAUCAUAUCAUAGGCUUCCGGGAAUGUGUGGCGGAAGUCGCCCGGUACCUCGUGACGAUCGAAGGCAUGGAUGUACAGGAUCCGCUUCGGUUACGUCUAAUGUCCCAUUUGCAGUGCUUCGCCACCCAACGGGAACUCUCGUCGAAAGCGAACGCCGCUGCAGCUACCAGUCCCGCCUGGUCACAUGGAAGUACCACUGCCUACCCGGUAGCUGCCGCGGCCGCUGCAGCAGCAGUCGCUUACCCGAGCACACACCAUGGCACCGGUGGCUAUUAUCCUCACCCGCAUCAAAACUACGGUCCACCUCAGAGUGCCACCGCACCAUACAUUCCACAGGUGGCCACUAUUCCUCCUCCGCACAACCAUCUGCAUCAACAGCAGCAGCAGCAGCAACAACAGCAGCAGCACCAUCACCAGCAGCAACAGUUGAGCGGACACUCUACGGGUGCUUCUUCGGCGGCUACCGCUGCCAUCUACGCUACGAGUGCACCACUGCACGAGCUGUACAGCAGCCAGCACGAUUCGGCAACUGCCGGUCAACAGCAACAGCAACAAUCGGACCAGCAACAGCCACAGCAGUCCGGUGCCAGCUCGUCAAACGGAGCACCAACCUACACGGAUCUGUCCAACCACAAUCCAAACCGUGGUUUGUCCGCGUACGGUAAUCCGCAGUACCCGGUGAGCACCUCAACGCACGGAUACGGUGCGUCCACGAGCUCGUCAUACAACACGGCAGCCAAACCGUACCGUCCAUGGGGUGCAGAAAUGGCCUGUUGAAAGUCAGCCAACGGGAGAGAACCAAAAGGUGUGAUAGGUACACGCAACGGCAAAAAAAAAUCAAGCGGAGUAACAACGAGAGAAAAAAAAGAUCUUUCCCAUACCGGGAAUCGAACCCGGGCCUUCUGGGUGAAAGCCAGAUAUCCUAGCCACUAGACCAUAUGGGAUGGUUGUGGAUGGGCUAUUCUUAUACGUACUGAUUCCGCAUUCAUGCGUUGCUUGUAGGAUGCAGUGAGAACGUGACUCUGCCAAAGACUAACUGCCAUUUUAGAUGCGCGACUCCAGAUUUCAAGCGAAAGGAUCUCUUUUUCCAAAACCAGGCAAAAACCAACAACUUACAUUCUCAGGAGUAGGUAUACAAACAGAUUCAUAUCGAGCAAAAGCAGUUCGCUCUGGAAGGGAUUGAAGGGGGAAAGCAUAUUUUUCUAAGCUUUAAUGACACAGGAGCAUAAAAAAGGUGUCCUUAUGAACCGACCGUUUUUGUACAUACAUACAAGUGUGAUUGUAAGUGAGUGAAAACCUUACUGUUAAGAAAAGCGUGAAAAUCUCAGAGAGGAAGAGAGCAUAGCAGCAUCCAACGUAGAUAGUAAAACAUAUUUAUACACCAGCGGGAAACGUGAACCGGUUAAAAAAAAGGGUUGGAACUGUGUGAAAGCUAGUUCAACAACUCUCGACACACUUUACGAAUAUGUUUGAUUAGCUUGUAAGUGAAACCAAUUCGAGUCAAUUAGUUUGUAAGCAAUCUUUUCAAUUAUCAUUAAGCAUUGUUCGAUCGAAGAAAGUAUCGUUCAAAUACCAAUGUAACAAGUAUAUAUUGACACCAAAAGAAAUGUGACGAUGUGCUUUAUGCCAGCUACAUACAUCUCAAAACGAACAUGGACCAAAACGAUACAAACCAACGAGAAAAUGCGAAGAGCAUUUUACAUAUUUUUAUAUGCGUAUUUUAUACCGGAAAAAUUUACAGCCGAGCCAAAAAAGAUUAUUAAAAAACCGUUUGAAAGCAAA